AUCGUUCAUUCUCCGUUCAUAUGGUCAUAACAGUGGGACGGAGGGCUGAAUGUGUACGAUAUAAUUAGAGCGCAGUCACACGGAGGCGGAGCACUGAUGCUUCACAGCCACGGAUGCGAGUGUCAAACAAGCAGGUGGAGCAAAAGGAAAGAACCAGACGAGAACCGUCCACAGAAUCUAAAACACAUUUGAUGAGGAAGAGGGGAAAUAUCAGUGACUUGAUACGCUCUGAAUGAGUGGGCCCUAAUAGCGUGAACCAUGGUGGACCCAUUGGAACCUGAUGACCAGAGUAAAUUCACAGGGGCCCAGUUUAAAAGCCCUGCUGCAGCCUCUGAAGCACCAUGUCUACCUGAGCCAGGUGAUGAUAGAGAGAAAGAUGUUAGUGUGGAUUCCAGCCCACAGACAGAGCCCAGCACAGAACCGGAACUGAGCUCUCAAGAACCAUGCCAGCAGCAAAACAGUCAACCAGAAGAGUUAAAACUACAUCUGGACCUUUACAAUUUUGACUCACCAGCUGCAGAAGGCAGUCGGUAUGUACUGACAAGCCCUCGCUCUCUCGAGGCAUGCGCACGAUGUGGAGUGAAGCCUGUGGAGCUUCUGACUCGUCCACUGUCUGAUUUUGCCCGUGAGGCACCUGGCCGGAGUAUGCGUGUCGCCACAGGAAUGUUUGAGAUAUAUGAGCGGGAUAGACAUGCUAAACUCCGACACUGCAGAGAAGAGAGAGAGCGGAUUAUCAGAGAGGAGAAGAGGCGAAUUUUGCAGGCAGCUCUGAACAAUAAUGCUGGUCCACUGGCUUCAGAGAAGUCAGAGGAAACUGUAAAUGCUGGAAUGUCUCAACAAACCAAUCACAGUUUAACAAAUCCAACCCCCAAAAUAACACCUACUUGCAGCGGUGCACCCAAAAAACAAUCUACAUCAACAGCCACUAAAAGCACGACAGCAGGGUCAGGACAAGUUACUACAGUGUCCACAUCCAGCUCUCGUUCCAUCUCAAAAGCCAGUACAGUGAACUCUGCUCCUACUGCUAAAGGAACUUCUGCAAAAAAGUCUAAGUCCCUUGAAGUAGAAUCUGCAGGAAAACUUCAAGGUCCAGAACCUGCGAUAAUCCAACGAUCGAUUCAGUCAGCUCCAGGAAGACAGGGCUCAAAAAAACCUUCCAGUGCUCAUACAAAGGCUCCAAACACUUUCCCCAGAUCAAUACCAAAACCUUCGUUUCCAAGGACACCAACCUCACUUGCCCCGAUUGUGUCAAAAUCUGCUGUCCAAAGUCCUGCCAACAGCAUUACAAGUACGUUUGCACAGCAUAACGGGCACAUCAUCUCCAAAUCAAAGCCUAGAUGCAGAAGCCACUCUCUGGAGUCUUUGCAACGGAGGCGUGACACAUUUUGUUCCUCUACUGCUUCAACAACGAACACCACAACUACCACAUGUACCUCCUCUGAAUCUGCUUCCUCAUCCUAUAGCUGGGAUGGGGCAAGAGAUCACUGGGCUAAGACAUCAAGCCCUCGUGCCCGCACUUUAGCUACCUUUAACUCCCUGAUGGGUCGUAGUUUGAGCUUGGGAGACCUUAGCCAUUCUCCACAGACUAUGCAAAAAGUGGAGCGCAUUGUGAAAGAAGUGAAACGACGAGGACUUAAAGCUGUUCCAGAGCGUGACCGAAAGAUUGCUGCACUAAUGCUAGCCAGGUACCAAGAGGAGGACAUAAUGAGCCAGACACGCUACGUAGCACACCUGCAAUGGGACAGUGAGCGGCGAAUAGAGGAGCUGCGACGGGAGCGUGAAGAGCGAGAGAAACAGAGGGCUGUGCAGCAGUGCCAACGUGCAUGGCAGUCACAGGUUUCUACCCGGCAGCGCUGGCUUAACCAGCAAGAGCGCGAGGCUGCAGAAGCAAAACUUCGCCAAGCAUUGGAAAGUGAGGAACGUUGGAAAGACUUGGCCGAGCAACAAGAACGAAGCCGGUUGCAGAAAUUGCAACAGGCCGCUCGUGAGGAAAAACACAAGAAGGCGUUACAAGAGCAGAACCUUAAAGCUCUGGAGGAGGAGCGAGCUGCUAUUCUUGAGCAAGAGAAACUGCUCCUCAAGGAGAAACUGACCAUCGCUGAGCUGAAGCGACAGGAGCGAGAGCACCAAAUUCAAGAGGAGCGUCGUGGACUCAACCGUGCUGAGAAGAGGCGCCAUGCAGCUCUUAUCCAAGAGAUUGCACGUCGUGAAGUGGACGAGCGUGAAGAAGCAUGGAGAAUAGCUGAAGAGAAGCUAAGUAGGUCAUUGGAGAACUAUGAGCUGAUACAAGAAAAACGUGGGCAAGAGAUAAAGGAGAAAGCUAAGCGAGAAGAGAAGCAGAUCCAGAAAGCAAGACGGGCUGCCGAGCUACAUGAGCAACAGCAGAAGGAACAGAUGGAGGCAAAGGCUAGGGAAGCCGAAAGACGAGCACAACAAGCCACUCAAGUAGCUGAAGAGCGGGCACGGGAAAAGGCCCAACGUGCGGUGCAAAGCAGGAAGGAAAAAGAACGACUCCAAAGACUUAACCGCCAACGCGUAGAAGAGGAGGAGAAACAGCGCCGCCUAGAAUUGUUGCAGUCCAUUGAGCGCAAACUGGAAAAAAGUGAACAGAUUUUCAGAGAAAAACGUGCUGUGUUGGAAAGUGCUCGAUCCGUGGCACGUGCAUCUUUCCACGUGCGGGAUCGUGUUCGUGAAGAGACAAACAUGCGCACCUUUGACAAAAUGGCCUUGGAGGCUCAGUUAAAAGCAAAUUUAGUUGAGAAGUGAGCGCUUCAAGUGUGCAACCUAAUUGCUCUUUCCAUGCACAUCUGUCUAGAACUAAGCUGUGCUUGAGCCUACAUGCUAGCCUCAUCACCAAACUACAGCAACAAUAUUGAGGGUCAUGCCCUCAAGUGUUGUAUCUAAAGAUUCAUUUAUUCCUGAUGCUGGAUCAUUUUCAUCAUGUCAUCUAAAGAAAUAUUUUUCUGUAUUUAUAUCUUUUAAAUGUUAAUCUGAGAACUUUGUGCUUGUGUGUGGAUGAUCAUAUGUCGGGACAUGAUUGAUUUUGUAACUUGGCAGCCAUGUUGCUUUGAGAACUGUAUAUAAAGAGUUCAUUGUUUACAAGGCACAAGGCACUAUGACAACAGCGAUAGCUUUUUUCUGAGAGUGGCUUUAUUUCUAAAAAGAAGAAAAAUAAAAGGGGACGGGAUGCUUCUCCCAGAGUAAAUCUUUUGAGGGAGACUCUUGUUUUCUAGGCCGCAGGAGAGUGAGCCAUGACUUGACUGUAUGUAAACUAAACUCUAGCUAAAUGCUGACCCAGCAUUACAUCCUAGAGUCAGGACAUGACAAAGAAUGAUCUCAGCACAGUGUAACUGCUGAUGAAUCACAGGAGUCUUUGAUCAGCAACAGACCCAUCAGGGCUCAAAUCCAUACUGACACCCCCUGCAUUUCUUCAGGUGUGCUAAUUUCUUUCACCCUAAUUUCAUUUUUGGUAUUCUACUUCUCAUAGGCAUGUUCAGAAUGGAAUACUAGCUUAUUAUUUACUCUACAGUAUACACUGUAUAUUGUCCAGUCAUUAAUGCAAACACUAUUCAGAAAUAUUUGACCACUGAAUACAAAUGAUUCAAUCAGAAUCAUUUUUUCGGAGGGCUACAUUAUUGUUUUAAUGUGAGUAGGCAUAGGAUAUAACAUAUAAGACACAGGAUGCUAUUCAUAAAACACCCAUUAUACUAAAAAUGCAAUGUCAUGCCUGUACAUGUAGGACAGGAUUGGAGGCAAACUCACAUUGAUAUCUGUGAGAAAAGCACUCCAGUAGGCAUUUCAAUUCCUAUGAGAGCUUAACCCACAGUGAUACUUGUCACAGCAGCCAUCUGUCACAGGCUUUUUUGUACUGUACAGCAGUCAAACAGCCUGGACAAAAACUGUUUUUAGGGCUAGCACAUUUUGCCUCUACGCACAGGCUCUUUAGAUAAUUAUUGCAUUUAGAUAACUGCACAACACUGUUCUGUCAAAAUCAUGCCAAAUUUGUUAUGCAAGCAAGUCUGACACUGCAGCGUAAUCAUUUAUAUAACAGAGUGUAAUGCAAAGUUUCUCUGCAAUAAUUGACUGUUAUCUGGUUUGUCUCUUCUGACGCAGGUUUGGGAAUGGAGAAGAUGAUGAUGUUGACAUCUGUGGCCUGAUUCAGUAAAAAUAACCCCCAAGAGACUGGAAAUUUCACUUUGAUCGCGGAUCCUUAUUCCCUUUCUGGCAGUGACUCAGCUAGGCAUGAAGUAAUUGGAAGGUUUAAUAAACACUGAAGCCAUUUUAAUUCCAGCAUAUCCAGAUGGCACAUCAAAACCACUUUUAAUAUCAUAAAAGCCCAAAGAAAUAAUUUCAUUUUUAUACAUUACUGUAUCAUGAGUUAUAUUUAAGGGCUUUUUAAAUGGAAGCAGAAUCGUGGCGAAUAAUAAUCAAAGUAAUAAUCAUGAAGAUAGACAAAAAAGGAUUCAAAGAUACAAAGCUUCUUAGGGCUAGUGACAAAGCAAGUGUUAAUUUCAUAUCAUUAAAAUGGCCAUUUCUGCAUAUCAAUUUUGCUGCAGUGAACUUUGACAGCAGUGAUAGGAACUUGACUGUAGAAUUUUAUGUGUAAAAGAAUAUCUCAUCAAAUUAUUUUCAUCUUGGCACCAUUUUUUACUUUACUUGAGAACCAACAAUUCAGUUUUGAAAAUGGCAUAUUGUAUUUAAAUAAAUAAAUAAUACAAAAUCUGAA